AUGGCGGCCGGUUCUGGGGCUGCAAGCGGCCACGGAGCUCGCAGCUCCAACGCUGCUCUUGAAGCGUCUUUAGACCGGCGGUUUCAAGGAGUAUCCAACACUAUGGAGUCAAUACAGGGACUUUCAACCUGGUGCAUUGAAAACAAAAAGCACCACGGCCUCAUCAUUCGCUACUGGAUGAAGUGGCUCAAGAAAUCUGACAACAAUCACCGCUUGAAUCUCUUCUACCUUGCCAAUGAUGUGAUACAGAACUGCAAAAGAAAGAACGCAAUUGUCUUUCGUUCAGCCUUUGCAGAAGUCCUUCCUAAUGCCGCACAGCUCAUCAAAGAUGGGAAGGUCCGCAAGUCAGUGGAAAGGAUUUUUUUGAUUUGGGAGGAGAGGAGUGUGUAUCCUGAGGAGGUCAUUGCUCAGUUCAAAGCCAGCUUGAACAAAAAGGAAAAGGAGCGAGAGAAGCACAAGGAGAAGGAGAAGGAGAAGGAAAAGGAAAAGGCAAAAGAAAAGGAGAAAGAAAAGGAGACGCCAUCUGCAAAUGCCCCAGCCAACCCCAAAGCUGCCCUCAAGUCCAAGAUUGUGGCAGAGUUCACACCCCACUCCCUCAUUGAACAGUUAUCGAGAUAUAAGCGAGCAGUUGCAGAAGAGGAGUUCAGGGAGAAGCAGCUGGCAGCUCUCAGGGUGGAUGUCUGUAGCACGGAGGCUCUUAAGAGACUUAAAGAUAAGGCAGGAGGGAACAAGUUUGCUAAAGACUUUGAGGACGGCAGUCUGAAGCUGCAGGAGUUUGUCGGCUUCCUGGACAAAGAGUUGAAAACGGGGCCUCCUCUGCUGGAAGCUUUGGGAAAUGCAGACAUUUUCUAUGAGAUGCAGUACAAGGAGGUUAAGAUUGUGGCCAAUGCGUACAAUGCCUUUGCCAACCGUGUGGCCAGUCUUAAAAGGAAAUUGGAUUCCCUCAAGUCGACUCUACCUGGACCUGAGGACUCUCCCAUACCUUCACCCUCUGAAGAUGCCCCCUCUCCCACUGGCUCUGACUCACCCUUCCUGGGGCUUGGGACAGGCAGAGCCCAGGUGGAUCCAGAGCUGGAUGGUAAGGCCAUGGAUGAAGGAGAAAUACCAAGUGACAACAGAGACAUGGAGGACAUGGAUAUGUCUGAUGAAGAGGUUGAUGCUACCACAGCAGGGGAUGACAAGAAAGACAAGGCGUCUGCUGCUGUUGCCAAGGCCACAAAGUCAGAUGCAGCAUCAAAGCCUCCCACCACACCUACAAAAGCUUCAAAGACCAAUUCUUCCGCUGCCACGGCCACCCCAGUGACCUCCACCUCUGCAACUGCUCAAAGUGCUCCAACAACCCCUCUGGGAGUCAAUCUGGAGAAGGUGGACCUGGGAAAGAUCAGUUCCAUUCUCAGCUCACUCACAUCUGCAAUGAAGAGUACAGCUAGCCCUGCCCGGCCGUCUCCAGGAACACCCACCACUCCCUCUGGCCAAUCAGCAGCCUCCAAAGUGACCCCCUCAAGCCCUGCCCUGGCCAGCAUCCUGUCACGUGUUGACAUCACACCUGAAGGCAUCCUCAAUGCUCUGUCUAAAACAAACACACAAGGUUUGUCUUCUCUCUUGCAAAGUGUGACCAACACCUCUUCUGCUCCUCCCACCCGAACUUCCCCCGAAUCAUCAGCAGUUAAAACCCCGCUCACCCCAACCACCCCAAAAACAAAACCCACUGUGGGCAACAGCCUCAAACGAGACACACCUGCGAGAACCAGAGACUGGGAGAAAGAGAGACAACUGUCCCCUCCUCCUCCACCCCCUCCUCGUCCCUCAGCCCUUCCUGUUUCUCCCCCCAGCCUAGAAUCAAAAAUCAACAGUUUCUUGCAGGGGAAUCCAGGUUUUAGUCUCGCUCUAGGUGAUGUCAGUCCCGAUGGGGUGGAUGGGACCCCAGUGAGAGAUGAGGCUGCUGGCACCCCCACCCAGGACGAGAUCAUGGACACACCUGGGAGUGUGCCGGAAUCUCUAGGGUCAUCUGGAGGUCAUAACCUGUCACCCACAGCUUACCGCAGCGAACCCUGGGAUGCUGUGAUCACCCCAUCGGGAAGCAGCAGCAACGGAGACUUUCUGAGCUCUUCCUCCUCCUCCCGGUAUGGAGCCGGGAAAAAGAGCGGCACAAAAUUAAAGGACGAUGAAAUGAAUGUGAGGAAACACGUCCCCUCCUCCCCAAGUAAUGACAUGAAGGGUAAGAAAGAUGGACAACACGGACAGUUAAGGAUGAUGGGAAACAGCCGAGGGAUUGGAGAAAGAAGACUGUCUGCAGGCACCCGUAAGGCGAGCAGUGGCUCAGAUGAUGGAAGUCUGAGUGGGAAAAGAGAAGACAAAUGCAAAAGUCAAGAGUCUUCAGCUGCAGGUGGGAAGGAGGGCCAGUACCAUCGUAUAGAGACACUAGUUUCGCCCUGCACUGAAGGGGCACCCAUUCAAACUCUAGGCUACUCUAAUCGCCCACUCGCUGGAGAACGCAUCAAGACGGUAGAGAGCAUCCGUGUGAUUGGUCGAGGCUCUCGGCGAGGGGGAGGGGCUGGUGGUCGGCCAGGGGGAGCGAUGUGGUACGAAGAGGAGGAAUACAUGGAAGCUCAGCCUCCCUCACCCCAUGAUGUCCCCCCUCCUCUUAACAUUGGCCAGGGAGGCAACGAGGACAUGACCCCUUCUAUGCCUCUUCCUCCCCCACAUCUCCUCCUCCCACAUCUCCACCCUCUUCCGCCCCAUCCUCUCUCACAUCCCCCACAAACUCAGUUCCAAAUGCCCUACCACACUGAGAACAUGCAGACUCCUCCUCCAUCACUCCUUCACCAGCAUCCUCCUCCUACAUCCCCUUUAUUUGGCGGACCUCCACCGAUUCCCCGACCCCCUCCACCUCCUGUACCGCAGCGUCCUUCCCCUCCACCCACCCACCCCACUGUGCCCUCUGCAGUAAUGGUGGGGGGAGUGUUGGUCCCCAUUGACCGGCCCCUUUCUUUCCCUCCCCCAGUCAGACCUGAAGGUACUGAUCGAGGCGGGAUGGGGCCCAGAGGAAGCAAAGUAGGCCCUCCACCCCUCAUGUCAUCGUUGCUAGGCGAGCCCCCUAAGCUGCCCCGCCCUGGCACAGUUAAAGAGCCUUUUGUUCCACGCCAUGCAACCCCUCUCCACCGCCCAGGUACCCCUGGUGUUCCUCUACCCUUACUGGGCAGAGUGAAGGAGCCUCUGAGUCUACCUCUUCCAUCUCCCUCUCCCACAUCCUCCACAACCUCCCCCUCCACUCCUAGUUCCCCUGCAGUUGACACGGCUCAGUCCUCUGCCCCUCCUCUCCACAAGCCCCCAACUAGUCCUCCAGCUCAGCCCCGCAACCAAACCUCCAACCCCGUUCCCCUCCUCAACUUGCCUAGCCCUCGACCCCCGAUCCUCUCAGUGCCCAUCCCACAGAGACCUCUGCUACGAGGCCGAACCCCCUCUCAGCAGCUUAACCAGGAUCACCACCUUGGGGGGUUUCGUGGGGGCAAGCGGCCCGGUCCUCCAUUCACAGGUGGUCCCUUCCAUGCCAAGAGACCCUUCUUACCCCCACGCUACUGAAGUGGUCAUCUAUGACAUGCUGAACGGGAAGUGCAAACACCCUGCACUGAAGUGCAGAGUGUGUGUUAGCCCUGCUGGUAUGAGCCCAGAUAUCUUCACUUUGUUAAUUAGCUUGAAUUAAAACUACCUUAGGUUGUAUGUAAAUAGCUGAUUAAAUCGUCAUCCUUCAGCUAGGUAGCCAGCCAGUCAUCUUACACUGUACAGUACAGCUAUGAGGUUAUCACUUACAUAAUGCAGAGUAUUGUGUAACAAGUCUCAGUCUAUCACUUUUUUUUCCAUCUCUCUCCAAAUACAGUAGAUAGAAGUUUCAUUAGGUCUGGUACAAGAGUGACAUAACCUUAGAAAGAAAACACAGAUAGUUCAAGCGAAGUGAAACAAUACUUAAUUAAGAGUAUGCCCACCUGUGUGAUUGUUGGGUCACUUUACCUGAGAGAGAGAGCGCAGGAGAGUAAAAGAGACAGGUAUGGGUCUCAGAGGACACAGAGGAAAAAACUGAAAUCAAUAGUUUGACAUUUUGGGAAAAUAUGUUUCCUGACUUUCUUAAAGAGUCAGAUGAGAUCAAUACCACUCUCAUGUCUGUCCAUUAAAUAAGCUACAGCCAGCAGCUGUUUGUCUUAGCUUAGCAUAAAGACAGGAAACAGGGUGAAACAGCUACCCUUGAUCUGUUCCCAGGUUUGAAAAAAAACAAACAAAAAAAACAAACCUACUAACACACAAGUUCACGAAUCACAUCUUGUUAAUUUCAUCCAGACAAAGACUGAAGUGCAUAAAUACGUACCAGACCGUUUUGUGGCCGGGCGCACUUACUUCAUGGAGUGUCCGCUGUUUGCUGCAACCUCACAGAAACAAGAUUCCUGGAAGGCACUGCGCCGGCCACAGAAGGCAGGUUGAUUUUGUCUCAGGGCUAGCUGUCUGCCCCUGUUUUCAAUCUUUAUGCUAAGCUAAGAUAACCGUUUGCUGUCCCAUGCAAGAAAGCCAAUAACUUUAGUUCCCAAAAUGCCAAACUCUUCCUUUAAAAAUGUUUGAAGUGGUGAUUGAAGUAGUGUCCAAAGUAAUCUCUUCUUCCAGGAGUGUAUGUGUGUGUGCUGUGUGUCCUAAAAUGGUAUUUCUCUUUUGAACAGAUUAAAGUUGUGUUGCAGCUGAGGCUAACACUUGUUCCUAUAUCCAGAGUACUUACUGUAAAUAGCAUUCUUCUCUUGCUCAGCCUUUUCCACACUUCCAUCUCUCCCACUGUAUAUCUCUAAGCUUGUAAAUAUAAAAACUGAGAUGAUGCAGCUUUUUUCUCUUCAAGCUCUUGUUUCUGUUAAUGAGGACAAUGAUCGUCACUCACGUACCCCGUCUUUACUGUGAUUGAGGCCUUGGAUAAGCUUUAGCUCCAGAAGAAUUUCUCCGCAGUAUCUGUCGCACCUUUCUGUCCUCCUUUUGAAACCACCAUGCAGAAGAGGAGGGUGAAGAUAUUUCUGUUUUUAUUUCCAACAUAAAUGUCUGCCUGUGCGCGCUUCAAGUUAGACUGAGUCAUGAAGAUACUCAGUAGUGGAUGGCGGGUGGGGGGAGGUAUUUCAGCUUGAACCACUCUCUUGCUAGGCUGACAUGUACUGACUUGAAUAAAAUCCAGAGUUUCAAUUCAACUGGGGGGGAGACAUUUUAUUUGGUCACUAUUAAUCACAUGAAUUGCGCUGUUGUAAUUUAUUUGCGCUGUUCAGCUGAUUUUUCUGCUUGUUUUCUGAGAAAUUGUUUUUAUGUAUUUACACAGCUGCUGCCAUCUUCAUAUUGCAUUAACAUUUACCGCCUUUGUUUUUUGCGCUUUUUUUCCACUAGAUAGAAUUGGCAGUUUUCCAUUUGCAACAGCACCCACAGAUGGUAUCGGGGGUAAAAACAUUUGAGCUAAUUAGGGUUGUUUUGAAAAUGGACUAUUUAAAUACUCCAGUUGUUUGGCCUUUUCCUCUGUUUUGUUUUUUUGCUAGUUUUAUGCUUUUGCCCUCCAGCACCUGUGCUUACCUUGUGCUCAAGUGGCUUUGUCCAGAAACACCCCUGCACCUCUAAAAACUUUUGAGGAUAAAACAGGGGUCAGGACAAGGGCGGUAAUCUUUCCUCUUGUGCAGGAAUUCUAUACAUAAUACUUCCCUCUGUCCCACACUAAUGUAGAUUACCCCACGCAGUGAGAGGUGCAUGUUGGGUGUUGCUGCUCAAAGCCUCCGGUGUUUGUCUAGAUUAUGGAGUGUGUGUUGUCUCCUGUGCUCAUUUUUAAGUACAGUUCAUCAAGAUACACUGAGCACCUGCAAAUGUUCCCACAUAAAGUUGGUGAAUAGCUACAUUGGAAAAAUGUAACAACAAAGAGCAUAUUUGUCACUACAGUGUUAGCGCAUCAUCAGAGUUCUGAUGUUUCACUGAAUGUUAUAUGUCUGCUACCACCCUCUGUAAACUGUAUGUUUUUUACCUGCAAAAACAGCUAAGUAUCGACCCAAAUCAUUGGGGUGUUCACGUUGCACAGAGAGAAAGCUAGAUUCAUUGUUACAGGCAUCUUCCCGCUUACUAAGCGCCAACCAAGUUCGCUAUUUUAGUUGUCCCUGUAAAUAACCUCCGUCUGCCCUUCACCUCUAUUUUGACAAAUUAAGUUUGAAGUUGACUGAACUUGUGACAAAGCUGAUGGUCUCUGUACAUUUGAUAAGAUGAUUUGCUCUUACUGCUGUUCACAUCAAUGAUGCUAUAUCACUGGUCUUUGAGUGUCCAAUC